AUGUUGGGUAGUUUAGAUUGUAUGCAUUGGAAAUGGAAAAAUUAUCCUACGGCUUGGGGAGGACAAUACGCUGGUCGUAGUGGAUCUCCGACUAUUAUUCUUGAAGUUGUAGCUGACUAUGAUCUUUGGAUAUGGCAUGCAUAUUUUGGUCUACCUGGAUCUAACAAUGAUAUUAACGUGUUGGAGGCGUCCCAUCUUUUUGCUGAUCUUGCUGCGGGUGUUUCUCCACCCACUAAUUAUGUCAUUAAAGGGAAAGAGUAUAAUAUGAGUUAUUAUUUAGCCGACGGUAUAUAUCCAAAAUGGUCUACUAUCGUUCAAACCAUUCAUGAGCCACUUGACCCGAAGAAACAAUUUUUUGCUCGAAAACAAGAAGCAUGUAGAAAAGAUGUAGAACGUUCGUUUGGAGUAUUGCUAUCAAGAUUUUCCAUUGUGGCAGGACCAGCGCGUCUAUGGAAUAAGAGGAUAUUACAUGAUAUAAUGACUUCAUGUGUUAUUAUGCAUAAUAUGAUAAUAGAAGAUGAACGCGACUUUAAUGCACCCAUUGAAGAAUGGUUCGAAGUGCCAAAUCCAGAAGUUGAGAUGGUGGGUAAUGACGAUGCUCGAUUUCAAGAAUUUCUAGCUCGACAUAGAAAAAUCAAAGAUAAGGAUGCUUACAUUGCACUUCGAAAUGCAUUAAUUGAACACUUGUGGGACGGAUAUAGUAUCGGAAAAUUAGUUUAA